CUCGCUGUGGCUAUGGCGGAGGCGGGGCGAUGAUCGCCAAUGCCGCCCCAAAUUCUCGCUGGAUGAGCACAGAGAUGGCGCUCACCACCGGGGGGAUGAUUACCGUCGCGGCGGCGCGAUCGCUCAGCUCCAUCGCCAGCUUGAGGAAGCUGCACGGCGACUCCUGGAUCGGCCAUUGCAAUCCAUGCCCGAGGCUCGUUUUCACGUCCUGCCGGCUGCGCCACAAGAAUCUAAGGAAAAGAUUACAAGCGGAGAAGAGCGCUCGAGAGCGUCUCGCGGUUGAUGCCGAGGAUUUUCCAUCGGAAGAGGCGAGAGAUGAGGGCUCCGAGGGAGAGAAGAAUGUCCAAAUGCUGGCAAACGGUCCAUUCUUUCCAUCGAAGGACUCCAAGACUGAGGAAAGUCUGGACGUGGAAGAGAAGCGGUCCUUCAGUGUUAGCAUUGAAGACCUGCUGCUAAUGAUCAGAGAAGCCGAAAAAAAUAUUCUACUCUUGAACCAGGUCCGAGCUCGAGCGCUCAAAGACCUCCAGGAAUCUCGCCGGGAGAAGGAUAGCUUGCGAGCAGAAGUAGAGGUGUUGCGGACGAGGCUGGCCGAGUCAAGUGCAAAGAUAAAGCUGGCCGAGCAAGAGAAAUUAAAGAAUGAAAUGCUCCAGGACGAGGUGCAAAUCCUGCAAAAGAAGCUGAAGGAGAAAGAGGACUCGCAACAACAGGCCCUGACAACCAAAAGCUCUAGUAUCAAAGGUACUAAAUUUGAGGAGGAGGUGGAAUCACUGAAAUCAAGUCUUGCCGAUCUGAGAAGCAAGGAUGAGCUGCUGAAACAACUACGAACUGAUAAAACAGAGCUUCAAGACAGGCUCCAGUCGUUAGAGUCGAGGCUGGAAGAGAACACGGUGUCCCUUACGGACCUCGAGAACGCAAAGGCUGAAAACGAUACACUCAAGGAAAAUAUUCGUAAGCUGCAAAUGGAGCUUCAAGUUGCCGAGCUAUCAGCUACAGAAGCAUUCAAACUGUCCGAGCAAAAGCUUUCUCCUACGACGACUGGCUCGGAAGCUGUUGGAAGCACAAACGAUAGGCUACUUUUGGAGAACCGCAUGCUACAAGAACAGGUCAAGAAGCUGCUAGUGCAAUUGGCUCAGGCCGAGAGUCAGAAAAUACUUCUAGAACACGCUCAAGCUGACAAGAAAGCUCUCAAGGAACAGGUUCAGCUGUUACAGCACCGGCUACUGGAAUCGGAUGCCGAAAUACGAACACAGCUGCAAACUUAUCAAGCGGAGGUGGAAGGCUUUCAGGCCAGGCUUGAGCGUCUGAAAUCAGAAAAGAAGUCGGGGAUAUUACAGGUUCCAGCAGGAGAAAUGCCAUGGGAUUUCUGGACGGGUAUACAUCUUCGUAUAGAUGCGUGGAUGCUGGACAAAGUUAUCACUGUUGAGGAUGGCGAGGAACUAAGGCUAAUGGCAUGGCGCAGAGAUGCACGACUUCGAGAUGCAUUUGUCCAGCUGCAGGAAAAGAGCAACGAGGAGAUCAUGUCUGGUCUCUUGAAGCUUGUCAACGAUCGAAAGAGACCGGGACUGUACGUUGUUCACAUCGCAGCAGAAAUGGCACCAGUUGCGAAGGUUGGUGGCCUGGGGGAUGUUGUGACUGGUUUAAGCCGAUCCUUGCAAAGGAAAGACCACUUGGUUGAGAUCAUCCUUCCCAAAUACGACUGCAUGGAUUACGAUCGCAUAAAAAACUUGAAGGUUCUAGAUAUGGAGCUUUUAUCGUUUUUCGACAACCAAACUUUCAAAAACAAAGUUUGGCUGGGCACUGUUGAAGGUCUCCCUGUUUAUUUUAUUGAGCCCUUUCAUCCGGCAAAUUUCUUCACGAGGCGCACCGUCUAUGGUGAAAGAGACGACUUUAGGAGGUUUACGUAUUUCUGCCGUGCUGCUUUAGAGUUUCUUCUGCAAAGCAACAAAAGGCCUGACAUAAUCCACAGCCAUGACUGGACUUCUGCAGCAGUAGCACCAUUAUAUUGGGACAUUUAUGUUCCUUUAGGAUUGAAUUCAGCUCGGUUGGCAUUCACAUGCCACAAUUUUGAGUAUCAAGGCACGGAAUCUCCUGCAGCUUUGGCUGCCUUUGGCUUGAACGUGCAGCAGCAAUUCAGACAGGAUCGAAUGCAGGACAGUUUCAUGCAUGAUAGAGUGAACCUGUUGAAGGGAGGUAUCGUUUUCUCAAACAUUGUCACGACCGUUUCUCCAACUUAUGCUCAAGAAGUCAGAGCGCCGGAGGCCGGCCGAGGACUGCAAGUCGCACUCUCUGUACAUUCAAACAAGUUCUAUGGAAUUUUGAAUGGAAUUGAUGUUGAAGCCUGGGAUCCUUCAUAUGAUCCUAUACUGCAGCACCAAUACAGUGCAGAAGAUUUGAGUGGCAAAGCAGCCAACAAGGCUUCUCUUCAAUCUCAAUUGAGACUAAAUGUCGACAAAAAACGGCCCUUGAUAGGAUGCAUCACUAGGCUUGUACCCCAGAAAGGCGUACAUUUGAUAAGACAUGCAAUAUAUCACACUGCAGAAAAAGGUGGACAAUUUGUUCUGCUGGGGUCUAGUCCUGUUCCUGAAAUUCAGCGUGAAUUUGAAGAACUUUCUUACAAGUUUGAAGGCCAUUCGGAUGUGCGGUUGUUGCUAAAGUACGACGAGCCUUUGGCACAUUCAAUCUACGCGGCUUCGGACAUUUUCGUCAUUCCAUCGGUGUUUGAACCAUGUGGACUGACUCAGAUGAUUGCCAUGAGAUAUGGGUCCAUCCCAGUAGUACGUAGAACAGGCGGUCUAAAUGACAGUGUCUUUGACGUCGAUGACACGACGAUUCCGGAAGAAAAACGCAAUGGAUUUAGCUUCUCGGCGGCCGAAAUUCAGGGAUUGAACUACGCACUAGAUCGUGCAAUCAAGUACUACUUGGAAAAGCCCGGGUGGUGGCAACAGCUUGUGAAGAAGACAAUGCGGCUAGACUUUAGCUGGGACUCCUCCGCUGAUCAGUACAUCGAGCUUUACAGGCAAGCUAUCAAUCGCGCAAGGUCCAGGGCACCUGCAUAAUAGGCAUUCUCUCGCUCCAUUCCUCUUUUUACGUAACGCGUGUAUAUACUACGAGGAGCUGUAGGCUAAACGGGAAGAGUCUCUCCUGGGCCGGGCCAUAGAAUUCUCGACAAGAAUGGCAACAUUUGGAGCCUGGAAUUGGAUGGACGUAGUCCCUUCUCGUAUGCGGUACGAGCAUAAAAAACAGGUGGUCAGCAAGAGGUGUGAAUUUGGAAUCCAUGGACAUUUCAAGUGAUACAAAGUGUCGAGGGAGACAAAUUUCACACUUACUGGCGGAUCAGUCGUAUCAUGCAUGCCUGAUUCAAGGAGCACACGCAUCGAAACCUUGUGCAUGAUUGCAACUCAUGGAAUGCGCGCUGUGAUCAACAAGAACAUCGCACCACGCCCAUUUUUGGAAGUUUGAAGCUGGAUGUUUGCUUCAUGAUUCAUCUUUCAUGAUCAACAUAAUCGCAGGAGACUGAAGAACACGUUUUAAUUCUUUGAUCGAUCUAUAUAACAGAAAAGUAUUAUAUUUCAUUAAGUUAAGUUGAUAAAUAUCAACUUUUUAGUGAA